ACACACAGCCACACUCGCACACAUAAACACACACUCACACACGGGUGAGAGCCGGGCAGAGAGGCAGCACCAGGUGUCUGACAACCGCAUGGCUCGGAUCAGGACGCCGUCUCUAAGCGGGUAUCGUCGCAGUGCCGUCCCUGCCCCCGCGGCAGGUUACAGUUCGAGCAUCCCUCCGCCCCGCCCGGCUCCCCACCCCCCGCGAACUCGGGUCCCCAGUGUCCUCUAGAACGCCGGCGUGGCUGUCGCGCUUCGAAUCCCCUGGUCCACUCUCGCCCUGGUCGCCGGCGGACGCGUCUCUGGCCAGCCUCCGGCCCCGCAUCAAUCAUUAACGCGGCGGCCCCAGCGGCUGCAGCCCCAGGAGUGAGUGUGUGUGUGUGUGUGUGGGGGGGUGUUGGUAGAGGACGCGAGACAGGGGACACCUCCAUCCCUCGCCGCGGCGCAGACACCCUAACCCCGGGGGCCCCCGCCCUGCGCGGCGCCGCCCUCCCCCGCCAGCGCCUCGCGCACAUCCCGCCUCCCGCCGCCCGCCCCGCGCGCACGAUGCCCAGUCACCGCCGCGCCGCUGCCGCCGCCGCCGCCACCGCCACCGCAGUCAGCCGCGCCACCGCCUCCACCACCGCAGCGCGGCCGGCCGCGCGCUGACGGACGCGAGCGUGGCGAGGACGCCGCCGGGAAGCCGAGCGCCCCUGCCUCCCGGUGUCCUGAGCUCCCGGAGCAGCCGGCUUCCAAGCCGAGGCCGCGUCGCCAACCUGCGGCCGCGGUCCCGCGCGCGCGCGCGCGCGCACAAAGGCUCCGACGGCGACCGGCACCCGCGGUCGCCUUGCGCGCGUCCUAGCUCAGCCCGGGGCACCAUGCCGCGGCGCCUGCAGCAGCGGGGCGCGGGCGCCAAGGGACCACCGGCCCCGGCCUCCGGGCGCUCGCCCCCCGCCCCCGCCCCCCGGAGCCCGCCGGCCACCGCCGCCAAGCCGCUGCUGCGCUGGGACGAGGUGCCCGACGACUUCGUGGAGUGCUUCAUCCUGUCCGGCUACCGGCGGCUGCCGUGCACCGCGCAGGAGUGCCUGGCCUCGGUGCUGAAGCCCACCAACGAGACGCUCAACUUCUGGACGCACUUCAUCCCGCUGCUGCUGUUCCUCAGCAAGUUCUGUCGCCUGUUCUUCCUGGGCGGCAGCGACGUGCCCUUCCACCACCCGUGGCUGCUGCCGCUGUGGUGCUAUGCGUCGGGAGUGCUGCUGACCUUCGCCAUGAGCUGCACGGCGCACGUGUUCAGCUGUCUGUCGCUGCGCCUGCGCGCCACCUUCUUCUACCUGGACUACGCUUCCAUCAGCUACUACGGCUUUGGCAGCACCGUGGCCUACUACUACUACCUGCUGCCCAGCCUGAGUCUGCUGGACGCCGGGGUCAUGACGCCGUACGUGCAGCAGCGCCUGGGCUGGCACGUGGACUGCACCCGGCUCAUCGCGGCCUACCGAGCGCUCGUGCUGCCCGUGGCCUUCGUGCUGGCCGUGGCCUGCACCGUGGCCUGCUGCAAGAGCCGCACUGACUGGUGCUCCUACCCCUUCGCCCUGCGCACCUUCGUCUUCGUCAUGCCGCUCAGCAUGGCCUGCCCCAUUAUGCUGGAGAGCUGGCUCUUCGACCUGCGAGGCGAAAACCCCACGCUCUUCGUGCACUUCUACCGUCGCUACUUCUGGCUGGUGGUGGCCGCCUUCUUCAACGUCAGCAAGAUCCCUGAGCGCAUCCAACCGGGUCUCUUCGACAUCAUCGGCCACAGCCACCAGCUCUUCCACAUCUUCACCUUCCUCAGCAUCUACGACCAGGUGUACUACGUGGAAGAGGGCCUGCGCCAGUUCCUCCAGGCGUCCCCUGCCGCGCCCACCUUCUCCGGCACGGUGGGCUACAUGCUGCUGCUGGUGGUUUGCCUGGGGCUCGUCAUCAGGAAGUUCCUGAACAGCUCCGAGUUCUGCAGUAAAAAAGGAGGAUGCUGCAGACCACAAGAGAAAGAGAAAGGUCUGCUGCUAGUUGGGGAUCCCAGUCUACUGGCCUUUGGAAGAGGGAGAUGGGCGUGAUGCAGAAGGAAGAGGGCCUCUGGAAAGAAAAAAUUAAGUGUUGCCCGUGAUAUCCAGGGAUUUUUGCAAAGACAACGAAGAAAAUCACAGGUAGAACCCCCAACAGUUGGCUUUUCUAACAGUCUUGUGUCCCUUAGUGAAGUCAGGUAUGCAGUAAAGAGGAUAAACCUAAACCCCUGACUGCCUCCACUGCAGUCUAGAAAUGCUCGGAUUUGUUAAAAGAAUGGACCUUUCUUUGUUGGGAAAUGGGCACAAAGACACAAACCCAGGGCUUAACCCGCUAGACAAUGCAUGGAAUGUGAACACAAGUUAAUUAUUUUAAAAAUGUUUCUCAGAUGUUAUUUAAAUGAUAAUAUAUACAAUGAUUUUUUCAUUAUUUAUCAAAGCCCGUGAGAUGCACUGAGUUUUCUUUGUAACAUAGCUCUGAUUUGGCAGCCUUCUGCAUUGCACACGUGAACUGGACAUUAGGACAAGCUGCUUGAGAGUUCUCGACUACAUUUUUAAACAGUGUUUUCUGAAGGCCUAUGAGUGUCGUGAUAAAGUGGAAUGACUUCUUAGGGACCCUGAUUAGACUAUUGGUGAGGUUCCAGUGGUUUGUAUAGGUCUCCAAUUCCUACUUACUUUAAUGUAUUCCACAAAACCCAUCUGGGUUUUUAUUUUUGUUUUAUAAAUCAGACUCUUUCUACUUAUUUAAGUUGCCACUAAAAUAAAUGUGCCUUUUGAAGCAA